UGGUUCUGAAUGUGAUUUGGGGUUUUCCGAGCGCUCUGAACCUUUUUUAUGUUUCGUCUUUUGUCUGAAUUAGGGUUUAAGGAGCAAUCAUUCUCUCUUUCCCAGAAGCCAUGGAUGAAAGCUCGUAACUUUUAAUCUGAAUAUAAAUAAGUCAAUGCUGAAGCUCCAAAAGCGCUACUAAGCUCGGUCAAAUAAGAUUACGAAUGUUAUAGAUAAACCACUCCUUUAACUGUUAUCAGACAAUUUUCAUGAUGUCCAAUGGUAGCUUUCUUCUGCCAUCUCUGGCAAGAAGCUCGCCUCUAUUAUCAUUUUUCGUCAAAAUUCCUCUUCCAUUGAUUUACCGCCAGAGUCGCAGCCAUUUCCGGUCUUUUGACUGUUACAGUACUUGCUUGUCGUUUGAGAGACUUCUAGUUGAUAACAUUUCUCUCGACCGGUUCUCUCUGGGGAAGAGUAGCAGGUUUUGUACUUUGGCUUCGUCUCGUGAAACAUCGGCUCCGGUACCGAACAGCAUGUCCUCUAGAGCGACGAAGAAGGCCCGCCGAGAAUCGCCUGAGGGACUGCUUAAGCACAAGUUUGAUAUGUGUUCUAAGCAUGGUGACGUGGCUGAAGCACUUCGGCUUUACGACGAGGCUCGGAGUAAUGGCGUCCAACUAAAUUUGAAUCAUUAUAAUGUGCUACUCUAUUUGUGUUCUUCUUCUGGGUCUGGUUCUUCCGGUGAAUUGAGUGGAGAAAUGGUCUCGCCGGAUUUGGUUUUGAAAAGGGGUUUUGAGAUUUUUCAGCAGAUGGUUAUCGAUAAGGUUGCGCCGAAUGAGGCUACGAUUACCAGCGCAGCUAGACUUGCGGCUGCAGCGGAAGACCCAGAAAGGGCUUUUGAGUUAGUGAAACAGAUGAAGAUUUUUGGCAUUCCACCCAAGUUGAGGUCUUACGGACCGGCUUUGUUUGGGUUUUGUAAGAAAGGAGAGGCUGAGAGAGCUUAUGAAGUUGAUGCUCACAUGACUGAAUCUGGGGUCGUUCCUGAAGAGACUGAACUUUCUGCUUUACUCAAGCUUAGUUCGGAUACCAAGAAGGGAGACAAAGUUUAUGAGAUGUUACACAGGUUGCGGACCACAAUAAGGCAGGUUUCAGAAUCAACUGCUGAAUUUAUUGAAGCUUGGUUUGAGUCUGAAGAGGCUGCAAAAGUUGGGAAAGUGGAUUGGGAUGUGAACAAAGUGAAGGAAGGAGUUAGGAGUGGUGGUGGAGGAUGGCACGGUCAAGGGUGGCUGGGGACUGGGAGUUGGAGAGCGCUGAGGACUCAAAUAAAGGAAGAAGGCGUGUGUCAAUCUUGCAAUGAAAAGCUCGUUUGUAUCGAUAUUGAUCCAAGAGAGACCGAAAAUUUUGCUACCUCGCUGACGAGCUUGGCUUGCGGAAGAGAAGUUAAAGAGGAUUUUCUUCGGUUUCAGGAGUGGCUCCAGCGCCAUGGUCCAUUUGAUGCUGUUAUAGAUGCUGCCAACGUGGGUCUUAUAAAACAACAUACUUUCAGCUUCUUCCAGCUUAAAUCUGUUGUUCAUCAAUUACGCCAAAUUAGUCCAUCAAAGAAAUUGCCACUUAUUAUAUUGCACACAAGUCGUGUAAAUGGGGGUCCUGCUCAGGAUCCGAGGAACAAGAAAUUGAUAGAAAUGUGGAAGAAGGUCGGUGCACUUUAUGCUACUCCUGCCGGUUCAAAUGAUGAUUGGUACUGGUUAUACGCUGCUGUUAGUUGUAACUGUUUACUGGUGACAAAUGAUGAAAUGAGAGAUCACUUAUUCCAAUUGUUAGGGACUAGCUUUUUCCCAAGAUGGAAGGAAAAACAUCAGGUUCGGCUAUCAGUGUCAUCUAAGGGGCCUCAGCUUCACAUGCCACCUCCUUAUUCAAUUGUAAUUCAGGAGUCCGAGGAUGGUCGUUGGCAUGUGCCAACAGUCACAGGUGAUGAUCUUGAAACCCCAAGGCAGUGGCUGUGUGCCACCAGAGCCAGAAAUACAGAUUAGAGAGAAGGAGAGGUUAUAUUUUUUCUAUUCAAUUGUGCUUAAUUUAUUUUCUACUCAGAGUAACGAUGAGGCUUGCUCUAUAAUCUACACCAAAGAAAGUAGUUGUGAGUGAGUGAGUGAGAGGUAUGUUUCUAUAAAUUAGCGUAGUCAAUAAGGUGUUUUGAAUUUUUGAGAAACCCUUUUCUUUGGGUUUGUUUAAUAGAUUCCAAAUCUCCUAAAAUCAUAUCAUUA